UUCCAACAUCUCUUUCUGCAAAGCAACUACUGCCAAAAUGAUGACUGGAGGCUUAAGUGAGACUAAAGCUGCAACUCCAGAAAUCCAGAAGAUUGUUGAUGAGGUAAAGCCUCAGUAUGAAGAAAAGAGCAAUGAAAAAUUCGAGCAAUUUGAGGCUGUGAGUUACAAAAGCCAAGUGGUUGCCGGGGUCAUAUACUAUGUAAAGGUAGCUCUUGGGAAGGAGCGAUAUUCACAUUUGAAAAUAUUCCAACCUCUCCCUCACACAAAUGAGCCAUUGGAGUUAUUGGACUUCCAGACCGGCAAAACCAAGGAUGAUGAAGUGACUUACUUUUAGAGGCACAAUUGAGAAUGCAUUUUGGUUGCUUUCAUGAGUAUACUGUAUCAAUAAGCAUGAUUGAAAUAAAAU